CUGCCCGCCGCUGCAGUGUGUUUUUGUACCCUGCUCAGUCUGUGCGUGUGCGUGCGUGCGUACGCGUGUGUAUGUGUGUGUCAUUGCUACAGCUCGGGCACGAGACUCUGUCGGGGGGCUGUUUCGCUGCAGAGGGAUGCUCCGCAGCCCCGCACUGAACCAACCGGACUGGAAAUCCCUGCUCACAGCUCUCCGGCGCUCCGUCCUCCGCAGCUCUGACUCACUCAGCUCUCCUCGCCGAGCUGAACCGCACUCAACCCGGGAACAUGUCCUCCAACCUGCCCGCCGGGACCGCAGCCGCGGCCAAAAGCAAGCCGCUGUCCCCGUUCAGGAAGCGUGGCAGCCUGCAGUACACAGCCAGCACAGUUGAUCUCCGUGGUCCUCGCCACCUCCUCACUUCCCAGCAUUCCUUGCCUGGCAUCCCAGUGGCACUGAAACAGUCCAUUGACCUGCGAACAUCCAUGGACGGGAAGUACAAGGAGAUUGCUGAGGAGCUGUUCUCCCGCACUCUGGCGGAGAGUGAGAUGCGCAGCGCCCCCUAUGAAUUUCCAGAGGACAGUCCCAUCGAACAGCUGGAGGAGAGACGUCAGCGCCUCGAGCGACAGAUCAGCCAGGAUGUCAAGUACGAACCCGACAUCCUAUUGCGCGCCAAACAGGAGUUCAUGAAGACUGACAGUGCAACAGAUCUCGAAUACAUGAAGGAGCAGAGCCAAGCUCCCGACCUGCAGGAGAGAGAGCCGAUUCCAGAGAGAGAGUACCAGAGAGUCAGUAUUUCUGGAGAGGAGAAAUGUGGGGUUCCCUUCACAGAUCUGUUGGAUGCUGCCAAGUGUGUGGUGAAAGCUCUGUUCAUCAGACAGAAGUACAUGGGCCUGUCGCUGCAGAGCUUCUGCAGGACCACCGCUCGGUACCUGCAGGAGCUGAGUGAGAGACCUCUGGACCUCGAUAUCUAUGAGGAGGAGAUCCCAGAGACCACAGCCACAGCUUAUGCCACAGUGCACCCACCUGUUUCAAAAACACACCCGUAUGAGAACCUGGACCCUGCCAGCAUGCCCCCCGACAUGGGUUAUGGCUGCAAGAUGGUGGAUGGUGUCAUGCAUGUGUACACGACGAGGAAAACUAUGGAAAAAGGCACAGAGCUGGAUCUGCCAUACCCAGACCUGCAGGAGUACAUCGCUGACAUGAACGUCAUGAUGGCCCUCAUAAUCAACGGUCCAGUAAAGUCCUUCUGCUACCGUCGUCUGCAGUAUCUUAGCUCCAAGUUUCAGAUGCACAUCCUGCUGAAUGAGAUGAAAGAGCUGGCAGCGCAGAAAAAAGUCCCACAUCGAGACUUUUACAAUAUCCGUAAGGUCGACACGCACAUUCAUGCUUCGUCCUGCAUGAACCAGAAGCACCUCCUGCGUUUCAUCAAAAGGGCCAUGAAGAAAUAUCCUAAAGAGAUUGUGCAUGUGGAAAGAGGCAAAGGUCAGACACUGAUGGAGGUGUUUGAGACCAUGAAUCUGACGGCCUUUGACCUGAGUGUGGACACCCUGGACAUGCACGCAGACCGCAACACUUUUCAUCGCUUUGACAAGUUCAACGCCAAAUACAAUCCCAUCGGCGAGUCCAUCCUGAGAGAGAUCUUCAUCAAAACAGACAACUACAUCGAGGGAAAAUACUUUGGUCACAUUAUUAAGGAGGUGAUGGCCGACCUGGAGGAGAGCAAGUACCAGAACGUGGAGCUCAGGCUGUCGAUCUACGGCCGCUCGAGAGACGAGUGGGACAAACUGGCCAAGUGGGCCGUCAAACAUGGCGUCUACUCGAAUAAUGUGCGCUGGCUCGUGCAAGUGCCUCGACUAUUUGACGUCUACCACACGAAGAAGCAGCUGUGUAACUUUGAAGAAAUGUUGGCGAACAUCUUCAUGCCUCUAUUCGAGGUUACAGUCGACCCCAGCAGCCACCCAGAGCUGCACCUCUUCCUUCAGCACGUGGUGGGUUUUGACAGUGUGGAUGACGAGUCAAAACCAGAGCAACAUAUCUUCAACCUGGACAGUCCGCUGCCAGUCAACUGGACGGAGGAGGACAACCCGCCCUAUUCCUACUACCUCUACUACAUGUAUGCAAACAUGACGGUGCUGAAUCACCUGCGCAGGCAGCGGGGGUUUCACACGCUUGUCCUUCGUCCUCAUUGUGGAGAGGCCGGGCCGAUCCAUCACCUGGUGUCUGGUUUCAUGCUGUCAGAGAACAUCUCCCACGGGCUGCUGCUCAGGAAGGCUCCGGUGCUGCAGUAUCUGUACUACUUGGCCCAGAUAGGCAUCGCCAUGUCUCCUCUCAGCAAUAACAGCCUGUUCCUCAGCUACCAUCGCAACCCUCUGCCAGAGUACCUGUCCAGGGGCCUCAUGGUCUCUCUGUCCACGGACGACCCUCUGCAGUUUCACUUCACCAAGGAGCCGUUGAUGGAGGAGUAUAGCAUUGCUGCUCAGGUGUGGAAGUUGAGCUCCUGUGACAUGUGUGAGCUGGCCAGAAACAGUGUGGUUAUGAGCGGGUUCUCGCAUAAGGUGAAGAGCUCCUGGCUCGGCUCGAAGUACAUCAAGGAGGGGCAGGAGGGGAACGACAUCAGGCGCACCAACGUUCCUGACAUCCGCGUGGCGUACCGGUAUGAGACCAUGUGUGAGGAGCUGAAUUUAAUCACACAGGCCAUUCGCACAGAUGAGCUGGAGACCAUCGAGGAGGAGGGCAGUCUGUGUAUGGGAGCUGUGCAGGGAGAGAAGUGAAACAUGAGGCACAACACAAACUGAUUUCACUACAUUCCCUGUUUUCAUAUCAGGACUUUGUUCAGAUUUGCAUAUCAACAUAUCAUGCGUAUGAAAAGAGAAAAGCUUGUUUUGUGAAGAAAUGAUGAGAGUUGCUACGGUGACUGUAUGAGAGAGGACCUGUAAUCUGUGUACCCAACAUGUUCCCUUUCCUUUAGAGUCAUUCUUUGUGUAAUCUGUCAUGGUGAUUUCACGAUGUCUCGAUCUAUUUAUUUGAAAAUUAUUAUAUUUUCAUGGUUUCUGACUAUAUUUUGUGAGAGUUUCUGUACAAAGUCUGUAUUUCCUGUACGAUGCACUGAAUAAUAGUGACAUUCAAGAUUCAUCCCAUUAAUAAAAUGUUGUAACUGGAUGCUACACUGACCGAUUUAAAUCAGAGACAAUCCGGACAAGUUAAAGAACCUUUUAAUUAGGUGCAGGGCUAUAGCGACCAUGGAGGACACUGAGGUCAUGUUUUUAACAUCUUUUGUGGUGGCCUUGAGGGAGUUAAUAUUCCACAGAUAAAAACAUAAGACAUGGAUAUUUUAUUUGGUUCAUUACAGUAUUUCUCAUCUGCAUACUUUAUAUACAUUUGUUGACUUUACAUGCAAAAAAUGAAGAAAUGUGAAGUGUGGAGAAAACUUUCAAACCACGUAAUAAUGGGGGAUGAAAGAGUAAGACUUGAAUAAAGUGUGAAAAAUCCAGACUAUAAAAUAACUUUCUGGGGGGUUUUGGGGGGGGUUGAUGACCUCAAUGUCUUGGCUACGGCCCUGACAACCUAGCUAAUAUAACAUUUUGCCACAAAAUGUGUCUAACGUGAUGCAAGAAUGUUCUCUGCAUGAAUAUUUGGCUUUUUGGUUGACAUUUUCUGCGUCAUCGCCCACAGAACAAUACCUCACUGAACAUACCUCACUGACUGCCAGAAAAAUCUGUACUCCUGCAACUGGUGAUGAUAUUAACAGCAUAUUUCCCACAGCUGCUCCCUGUCAUAUUCUUGCUACUUUCACCGUCUUUACAGUGAUUCAGUAGGGUUGCGUGAAGGCAUUUCAAUAUUUGUUCCUGGUGUGCGCUAAUGCUUCUUGGUUGUCAUUGUAUUACAACUUAUUUUGUGACAUUGUUUCUGCUGACAGUCUGAUGCCGUCUGUCUGUUACAUGCAGAUAUUUAAAACACGUACAUUUCUGAUCCAUAGUACAGUAAAUGAUGCAUGAUCUGUUCCCUCAGAUUCCCUCACUCCACACACAAGUUCAACCAGUGCCAAAUUCAUCAUGACCUCAACAUAUUUUUGAAGGAGUGAAAGUUGAUGAACUUGACAAACCCUUUUCAAAGUCCUGCCUUCAGCUUGGGUCCUGAAGUUACCCGUGGAGCUACGUGUUGUCAUUCAAAAGCACUGCGUGUUCCUCCCAGAGAAUUAUAUGUGCUGUUUGUGAAAUUUUAUUUAAAGAUUUUUGUGUCUCUGAAAAAUAAAUGUUGUUCACACUGG